GCAGCCGGCGAGUUCGCACGAUGACACGUGCGCUAUGAGUACACCACGCGAGACAAGGUCCAACGAUAACGUAGAGCUACUGCCGCUGAAGUCAGCACUCGUCAAUAACAAUUACAGAGACGAUGACGCCUACUACCCCCCGCACCCGGUCGUCAACAACAACCCGUCGAGUUCCAAUCUAUUCGAAUACACGCUCCUCUCGAAAAGGACACCGGCCUCAAAACGAUUACUAUCGAAAACAACACAGCCGGCGCCGACCCCACUGGUGACGCUAUGUGGCGCGCCGCCACCGUCGCGGAAGCGCGAAGAGCUAGCAGCCCUCGCCAAUCUGCGCAAGAAAGUUGCUCCGGCGUUGCUACACGCUGACAAAAACUCCAAGAAUAACAACGAAACAAAUAAAGAAGACAAUGAAGAACAAUUGGACAACAGGCCUAAACUUCUACAGAAGGUGCUGCAAAGUAAGCCGGUGAGUAUGGUGGUGCAGUGGAGCGAGGUGCGCACCGCGUGGCAGGACAGCGACUUCAUCACCGAGUGCCUCUGCUGGCACAACGUGUACCGGCAGCGGCACGGCGCCACGCAGCUGUACAUGGCGCCGGAGCUGUGCGAUUACGCUCAGGCAUGGGCCAACCAUUUGGCGCAUACAAACAAGUUCCACUACAGAAAUGAUCGGGAUGUGGGACAGAAUUUGUACCAGCGUCCAGUCAGCGCCCUGCAGCCUGACGUCACGGGCCAAGAAGUGUCUUCCUAUUGGUACGCAGCGGUGCGCCAGUACAAUUUCUUCAAGGAGCCAGACGUCCUUCACGCUAAUGUAAACGCAGGUCACUUCACACAGAUGGUAUGGGUGGCGACCCGCUUCUUCGGAGUCGGCAAAGCUCGUUCUCGCGCCGGUAAGGUCAUCGUUGUCGCGCAUUACUCUCCACCAGGGAACAUAUCUGGCCAAUUCGAGACCAACGUACUUCCGCCUCUACCCGAAAAUUUCCCAGAGCUACCGCCGCCGCCGGCCCACUGA